UAAAGAGUUCAUUAUUAAAAGCGAAAGUCCAGCCAGUUGUCUAAAUAAAAGUAAAUUCAAAUAUGUCAUUUUUGUUCAAUUUUGAUGCCCCAGAAUCAGAUCCUGCAGAUACAGGCUCCCCUGAACCAUGCAAAGAUUUAACAGAUGUUUCUCCAGCAUUUGAAGUCAAGGACUUUUUAAAUAGUCUUUCAAGUAAGCUUGAUUUAAAGCAGUUGACCUUUGGAAAGCACACAUUAAAUAUUGUAGAUACCAGUUCUAUUGAAGAAAAAAUACUUGAAGAAAAAGACACACUUUCAUCAUCUGAGAAGAUCAUUAAAGCAGUUGUCUCCCAUUCUGACUUAGUGGCAGGAGAGUACGAAGGUGGAUUAAAAAUUUGGGAAUGUGGAUUAGAUUUGAUAAGUUACCUGUCAUCACAUCCAUCUGGGACGUCACUCGACAUCAAGAGGAAGCUAGUUCUGGAGCUUGGGUGUGGUGUUGGCUUGCCAGGGCUUUACUGCAUUAAGUGUGGUGCACAGCGAGUGGACUUUCAGGAUUAUAAUGAGGAAGUGCUUCAAAUCUUGACCCAUACGAAUGUUGUCAACAACUCAGAAGGUGGAGAAGUGAGCAGUCAGUUUUUUGCUGGUGACUGGGCAAGUUUCAGUCAACUAGCUGAACAACAGAAUCUCAGGUAUGAUAUCAUAUUGAGUGCUGAGACUAUCUACAACACAGAGAACUAUCCAAAGCUGCAUCAAGUUUUUAAAGCAACACUUGCCCAAAACGGACUUGUAUUACUAGCUGCUAAAGAAUACUAUUUUGGUGUUGGUGGGAGCAUUGCUGCCUUUGAAGAAUUUGUUACAAAACAAAACUGUUUCAGCAUUGUAACAAUGCAUACAAUUACUGAAGGUAUAGCUAGAAAAAUCCUUUGUCUCCGUCACUUAUCUUCUCAAGAACCAAGCUGAGAUUUCAUGGAAAUUAAAUUUUUAAAACAUUUA